AUGGAUUCCUGGAACAUCAAAAUCGUUCUCAGGAUGGUGAGAUUUGUGGGAACGAACCCCAAGUACCGGGGCACCUUCCACGAAAGUCUCCUGUUCCUGCUCUCUCUGACCGCCUUAAGCAUCACCACUGGCUUCGCUUUAGCGGUGUUUUUCUUCGAAAAAAACUUGCAAAUGCUCGACAUUACCGAAACGGCCCAGGCUCUCUCCUUCUGCACGCACUCCUUGUUGAAGCUGAUUUGGUUCCGCAGGCAACACAAAAAAGUGAUCGCCUUGCUCACUGACAGCGAACGCUUCUGGAAAAUCGAAGAGCUGGAAGAUGCCGUUGAGAAGGAGAAACUUACGAAAUACGUUUAUUAUCUGAAAAUCGGCUUCCAGUAUUUCGGCUUGUUCGCUCUCGUGCCGGUACUCACGGUACUACUCAGACCGUUCUAUCAACACGGGGUAGAUUAUCCGUUCAGGGGAUAUUUGCUCGAAAAAGAUGUGUAUCGGUACGCUCUGAUAGUCACAGAACAGUACGGAAUAGCGUGCAUGUUUUGCGCUGUGGUGGGUUUCGAUUCUUUCUUCACCACUUUAAUCAUCCUAAGUACCUUCCAAUGGCGAAUGCUAAAUAGCGAAUUAAGAAGAGUACUGGAGAUGCCGGUGCGAAAUGAAAGCGAUAGAGUUACUGCGAAGAAUAGAAUGAGAAAAUGCAUAAAUCAUCACAACUUUUUGCUCAAAUAUGUCAAAGAUAUUAAUGAUACAAUGUCGUUAGGAUUGCUUCUUUAUCUUGGUGUUAUAGUUUUAGCAAAUUGCGUGGAGUUUUUCGCAAUAUCAGUUGGUUUGCCAACAAACGAAUUUCUUAAAAGCAUUACCUACGUCAACGCCAUGACUUACGAAUUUGUAGUAUUUUACAUAAUUCCGGGGCAACUUCUUGGCUCUGAGGCCUCUCGAACUGAAGAAGUAAUUUUCAAGAGCGAUUGGCUGGCCAAUUUCGAAAUGAACAAACCCGUGAUAAUGAUGAUAUCAUCGAUUAACCAGAAACCGGCUACUGUAAACGCUUUCGGUCUCAUCGAUAUGUGUUAUGGUAGCGGUUUAAGGGCAUACAAAGCGAUUAUAUCGUAUUAUAUGUUCUUACGGACGAUGAAUAGGAACUAA